AUGCUAGUUUGCAGCUGUCAACAGUCGCGCUCGUUCCCUCACGAAAUUAGCAAGUCUCUGCUUUCACUAUCACGUGGAAAAACCCCAGGUCCUGACGGUCUUCCCGGGGAGCUCUUCCGUCACUUCUCCCCGCGCUUUGCCCCUGCCUUCCACUCUCUUUUCUCACCAAAACAACCACUUUCCCGACUCCCUCCAUUCAUGCUGACUGGACAAACUGUCCUUAUUCCCAAGAAGGGCGACUCUUCGCUAGUGGAAAACCUCAGCCCCAUCACUCUCAUGAAUGCUGACUACAAGGUCCUCGCGUUGUGCCUCGCGAACUGCCUUCAGCUCGUUCUACCCCAGCUCAUUCACCCAUCCCAAACCGCCUUCAUCAAACACAGAAGAAUCGGGGACACCAUUAACGAUACCCUUGACAUUAUAGACUGGGCUGCAUACUCCUCGUCCCCCCUCCUUGCUCUUACUGUAGAUUUUCGCAAGGCCUACGAUCUUGUCGACAGAACCUUUCUCUUCCAAGCCUUAUCAGUCCUGGGGCUCCCCGCUCCUUUCAUCCAUUGGGUCCGCCUAAUGCACUCCAACACAUACACACGCAUUUCGGUUAACAACAUGCUCGGCCCCACCUUCCCCGUUUGCACUGGUGUCCGACAAGGCUGUCCUCUUGCACCCCUUCUCUUCGUCUGCGUCAUCGAGAUUUUUCACCGCUAUAUGUCCCUCUUCCUCCCUGCCUUCACUCUGUCUUCCACCCAACGUCGCCUUAUGGCAUGCUAUGCGGACGAUGUCACUCUCUUCCUCACCUCAGAUACAGAGCUCGGACAAGCCAUAGUGCUGCUCGGAGUUUUCGGAUCUGUCUCCGAACUUCUGCAGCACAGUGUUCCCAGCAUCGCUGACAUCCGCCGUCUCCUCUACGCUGCACUACCGCUUAACCACCAUCUCCGAUGGACCCGUGAUCUCAUCUCUCCUCCUCCUCCUCUCCCCGAUCUCAAGCACGCGUUCCUCAAAGACCAGCCGAGCCGCCAGCGGGACAUCCUGUUCAGGCUUUACACGCUCACCCUCCCCUCUGGGUCACGCUUCCAGUACUUCGACGACAGGGGGAUAUGCCCCCGAUGCCCAGCCAUUGUCGUCGAGACUCUGCCGCAUAUCUUCUUUGAAUGCUCAUUCGCUGGCAACGUCAUCUCUGCUCUAUGCACUAUUGCUGACCGCCACCUCGGACAAUCUACGCUAGAACACCACAUCUUUUUCCCGCUACUGUCACGGGUGGGUCAGUCCCCUCCGUGGAGCCUACUGUGCGAUAGAAAAGACGGUCUCUCACUGUUCGGUCUCACGUCUGGCGCCUCUGCUGCCCCUACUGCCGAUGCUGACAGUACUGUUCGCUCACAGUGGGCCACACGUGAUGCUGCUGCCCGUCUUGCUGUACGUAGUUAUCUGCCGUCCACUGAGCGCGCGCAAUUCAGUCAGUACAAGAGUGCUCAGACCUUGUACGACGCUGUAGUUGCACGCUUCUCUUCCCCUGCCACUGCUGCCCUUAGUCGCCUCAUGCUGCCGUACCGGUUCCCUGACCUCGCUGCCUUUCCCAAAGCCGCUGACCUCAUUACGCACCUCCGCACUAGUGACACCCGCUACCGCGCUACGCUUCCUGCUGAGGACCACUUCCUCUCUGUUUGCCCCACCACACUCACCAUUGACCUCCUCGAGGAGCGCCUCCUGGCAGCUGAGAAGAGUAUAGUCGUUGUAGGAGCCUCUCGUGGUGACCCUCGUACCCCCUUCUUUGAGGGGUGCUCCCCCGUUCCCCUUUUGCCCUCUGUUGCCUCUACUGCUGCUGUCGACCUCGUUGGCACCGAGUCGGUCGGCGCUGCGAAUGCCCCUAGCGGGAGACGCCGCAACGGCAAGGGCAAGGGGGGCAAAGGCGCUGGAGGAGCUGGCGGGGGCGGUGGUGGUGGCGGUGGAGGUGGCGGAGGGGGUGGGGGUGGCGGUGGGAGUGGUGGCGGGGGUGGGGGCUUAGGUGGCGGCCGUGGAGGCGGAGGCGGCGGUGGCGGUGGGAGCGGAGGAGGCGGCGGUGGCGACAGCGGCGGUGGAGCUAGUCGAGGUGGCUCUGUGCAGCGGGGAGGCUUCGGUGGUGGUCAGCGCCAGAAGCAGCAGCGCCCUCGUGAGACCCCGCCGCCCAGCAGCUUCGUGAGUGGUGAGCUGUGCGGCGGCCCGCACGCCACCCAGCGCUGCUUCGGCCGCCUGACGGACGCCUGGCGUCUCCAGUUCCCUGACGCCACUGAGAUCCCUCGCUGGGGCGAGCUGCUUAGGUCGGGGGUUGCUAUCUUGGAUCUUGAUUAUGAUGCUAUUUUUGCUGCCAUGUAUGUUUUGUCUACUAGUGACGAGGGUGAUUGUUACUUGUGUGUGCCGCGUGACCCGGGCAUUGAGGCUGCUUCUCUAGGUGCUAGUGAGUCUGCUGCUCUAGGUGCUAGUGCGUCUGCUGCCCCAGGUACAGGGGUUUAG